UUAAUUUUGAAUAUAGAUAAAUUUUUAAGUUGAACUAAAUGGAGAACAACUGAUCCCAAGAAGUUUAUGAUCUGAAAGAAAUCCAUGACAAGGAGAAGGUAAAUAGCAAAGUUGGAAUGCUAUUGACAGCCAAUUUAUACUCCUACCGAGAUGCUAAGGAUGAAGCUAUUUAUCAAACACAGAAGUUUAGCCAUUUGCUGGGACUGCCAAAAUAUUUAAGAUCUCACAAUUUGGACAUCAUUGCAGAUAUUCUUGAAGGGUCUUUGGGCUUUAAUGAAGAAGAUCUUAUUGCAAGCAUGAUUAUGAUUUUCAGAACAAGAAAGACUGUUAGAAAAUCUGUAGGUGGAUGACUUGAAAAUAAGUAAAAUUGACCUCUCUGAGUUCCUGCUCCAACAAUUUUUAGUGUGACUAAGAAAGAACUCAUUUUCAAAUAUGAAUCAAAGACAGAAGGAAGAUCUUUUGGAAAGAAGCCAUAAAGAUCUUAUCAAAGAAGAACAAAAAGAUAUCACUGAAGAAAAAUUUAAGUCAGAAUCUAAGGAGAUGGAUUUAAAUUUUGAGGAAAAACUAAGUAAGGAAGAGGUCAACAUUACUGUUAAUCAUACAAAAGUUGAGAUUCAGAAUAAUCCUGAGCUUAAACCGAUGCAGAAAGAAGUAAAGACAAAAGUAGAUCUAAAACUUCCAAACCUUUAUUCUUUAAAAUAAUCCAGAGAUCCUACCACCCAUCUCUACAAACUUAAAGAAUGAAAUGAAUGAUCCUCAAAAGCAGAAAUAUAAAUGUGCAAAAGGUGAAGAUGUUUUCCAUUCUUUUUGUUUAGAGAAUUAUUCAAAAGAUAACAUUAUCAUGAAUUUCUGAAAUCCAAUUAAGGUUACUCAAAAUUAUUGACUUCUUUGUAAUAGAGUAGAUGCUGAUCCAACUUAUACACUCAAAUGAUGAUUAACAGAAGUUCAUUUAUACUGUGCGAUGAAAAACCUCGAGAGUCAGUCUUGCUAUCUUCGUCUCACUCUAAAAUGCCCAAAUCCAAGUUGAUAUUGCUUUUUAAAAUAAUGAAGAAGCGAAAAACCUCAUUAAAAACUAUCAAAACCAGUUUUUAUUCGAGAAUGUUCAGCCUCUUCUACUUCUUAUUGUUCUUUGAGCAAAAUAUUCUUACAAUUGGUGUAAAGGAUGUAGACUAAUUACCAAGAAUCAGAAUAUGCUCAACAAAUUUCACUCCCUUGAAUCUAAAACCAACCAAGUAGUUUGCAAGAGAAAUCGAUGCAGCUCUUGUGACAAACCUUGAUAUGACCUUUAUGACAUUAUUCAAGUUUACAAAAAUAUAGAAACUAUUCAUGAAGUAGAACCAUUCACAGAGAAGUUUUACGAUGCCAGGCCAAGGAAAGAUUCUCAAACUCUUUAUUGAGAUUCUUUAGAAGCUAAAGGAAUGCUGACAGAUGACAUUGACACUCUUGUAACAAUCUGCCUCCUCGCUUUCCAAGAUUUGCAGCAGCUAAACUCUAUUUUUAUGUUUGAGAAGUAAUAAUUAUUGGAUCAA